ACGUUACGCGGACCUAGGGGUAAUACACGGACAGUGCCAAUGUCCGCAUAAAUCAUGGAGUGUAUUUUAAAUUUUGAGUAUCUAAACAACACUUUUUCUCAUAAAUCUAAAGUUUUAUAGGAACUAUGCCAGUGUUUGCAUGAUUUGGACCAUGUAUUUGUACUUUUCACUGAAUAAACAGCGUGAUAUCUCACUUUCUUUAAUUGUCCUUUUAUACCAUGUAACCUGAGUUUUGUGUAUUCCAGUGUAUAACACAGCGCCGCCUGAUGUCAGUGUAUGAAUUGCAGUUUUACACACAUUUUUAUACACUACGCGCGCUUUUAGCCGGUCAUCAUCUGAUUGGCUGGAAAAAAACUGUGGGCGUGUCUUAUUACCAAACCAUCCCAGACGCAAGGUUUUUAAAAAUUAAAUCCUCAUUUGAAGCCGCAGCCCUCAAUAUGGACGUGUUGGUGGAAUAACUGUGCACAGGUAAGCAUUAAUGGUAAAUUAAAAUAAUUUUUGUCUAGAUGAAGUUAUUUACAAGUAAAUAACUGCAGAUGCAAGAAAGGUUUUUGAGCAAAAUGAAAUAUUUUAGAUUUUAAUUUAGGUGACAUUAAAGCUAAGCAACUUAUUUUAGAUAUUUGCAUCAAGUAGCUUAAAUAUGUAUGCUUUUAUGACUGAAAAGACUUACCUGAAGCAGUAUAGUUUUUAUUCCGAGUGUUUCAAAGUAAGAGACUAGCUGGGCUAGGAGAGCUAGCUUCCUAGCUAGAGCUAGCCUCCUAGCUAGAAACAGGUGUUUGACAAGUUGACAAUAUUUGGGGUAGGUGGUACCUGUGUGGUACCUACUACCUAGCUUUUGGUGAUAAAAGUUGGGUGAUGAACUGUAAGGUUUUCAUCAUUAUAUUUAACAAUAUUGGCGAACUGCUUGCUUUAUGUUAGCUAAUUGCACCGUAGUGAUGCUUGUUAAGCUCGUUAAGCUUGAUUUCAAGCAGGAGAUUAAUAAGAAGCAAACCCACAGGUUUCUGUGAAACUUGUUUAUCUUUUGGAAAAGCACCAAUGGUUGAAGGUUUUAAUAAUUGGCUGCAAUAGGGCUGGUGCAUCAAUGGCUUUAAAGCUGUGUACUGUAAUCACUUUCAUGACUUAAAUGCUGAAAGUGUAAAUCAAGAGUCCUCAAAUUUAGGCAAAUAUCGGUGUCCUUCAAUUUUUAAAUGUGUAUUUGUACCUGAAUCAAUUAGCUGAAUAACCUCCUCAUAUGCAGCCAAAUUCUCCAGAUUUCUGACCACAUUAUUUGACUUAGGUGUGUUGAAGCAGAGAUGCAUCUAAAAGUUGGAGGAGACUGUCCCUGGAGGACUGAUUAAAACUGUUUAAUUAAAGAUAAAUAGGACUUCUCUAAUAAAAUUCAUUUGUGCAACAAACUACCCUUUUUCCUUAAAGUAUGGCUCAAAUGUUCUUGUAAGGAUGUACUAUUGGCUGAACAUCAAUAUACUGAACACUGAACUAUUUGUAGAUGGUAAAGCACUUUUUUAAAUCAGUGAUUAAAUAAAUUAUAGUGUUGGUGUUUUAUCUGAGCUGUGUGUCUUGCAUGCAUAACAUGUUUCCAUAUUUAUAAUUAAAUUUUUAGCUUUAACAUUUGUAGGAAUUACAAAGAAGCUUGUAAUUCCUUCUUUGACUGUUAUAACUUUUCAUACAUGUCAGUAAAACAUGCAGAGGCGAAGACGCAUAAAUCCGAAGGAAGAUGCCAAAUAUUAUAUUGAUACCAAAACGGACAAAGUAGGGCUUGACGUCACGUACAUCAAUGCCUUUAAAGGUCGUGGUAUCUUUGCCACAACCUCUUUUCAGAAAGGAGACUUUCUGUGUGAAUAUCGAGGUGAACUGAUCAGUAAAGAGGAAUGUGAGAGGAGACAGAGAGUUUACCAUGACAACCUUAAAGUAUUCUUGUUUGAAUUCCAUUUUAAUGGAAAACUCUGGUGUGUUGAUGCAGCAAAAGAAGAUUGCUCCCUUGGAAGGCUUAUAAACGAUGACAAUAUCAGCCCAAAUGCCAAAAUGAAGUAUUUGACCGUCCAACAGAAGCCACAUUUGUGUUUAUUUGCAACUCGAGAUAUCAAUCAGGGAGAAGAGAUUACAUACAAUUAUGGGGACUCAGACUGGCCAUGGCGACUCAAGAACUCCAGUGGGAUGUCUUCAACUGGACAAGAUGUUGAGGUGCCAUCCACAUCACAGUUGGUUUCAUACUAUGGACCGGUAUCAAGCAAAGACCAAAUAAAGAUCAGAGCUGAAAAUGACCAGGAUCAGAUGAUAACCAGUGUCCCAAACGAGACAGAUCCAGUCCUGGAUUCACUCCCCAUCAAGGAAUUGGAGGAAGAAAUGUCCCAAAGUCCUGAUUGUCCUCGUACAACUUCUUCAGCUGGCAACACAGAACAGAUCAGAGCUGAAAAUGAUCAGGAUCAGAUGACAACCAGUGUCCCAAAUGAGACAGACCCUGUCCUGGAUUCACUCCCCAUCAAUUCAGAGGUAUUUUAUGUUUAAGGUGCAGCUAAAUGAUGUCAGUCAGCCAACCUGUUCAACUUCAGUGUGUCUGUGUGUGGACCUGAAUGCCAUGUGGUUUAUCUGGACAUUGGUUUGUAAGGACAGUCUCAUGUCAUGGUUUUCAGUUUGUAAGUUCAGCGUGUGUAUGUGUGUGUUUCAUGGUCACCUGCCCCAAUGUGAUACAGGAGGACC